AUGGUCCUAAUCUCGCCCCUCCCCAAGUUCAUCUUCUUCACCGAUUUCGACGGCACCAUCACCCAGCAAGACAGCAAUGACCACAUGACGGACACCCUCGGCUUCGGCCGCGAGCGUCGCUUGGCGCUAGCCACCGAGGUCCUGGCGGAGCGCCUGUCCUUCCGCGACGCCUUUGACGAGAUGCUCAACUCCAUCACCACUCCUUAUGACCAGUGCAUCGACUUCCUCGUCGACCACGUCCAGCUUGACCCCUACUUCAAGGAAUUCUUCACCUGGUGCCGCGCCAACGGUGUGCCCAUCGUCGUCCUGAGCGGCGGCAUGAAGCCCAUUAUCAAGGCCCUGUUUAGAAAGUUCCUCACCGAAGAGGAGGUCGAGUGGCUGACCAUUGCCGGGUGGAGGAUCGCCUUCCUUGACAACACCCCGCACGGUCACGACAAGUCUGUCGAGAUUAGAAAGUACUCUUCGCUCCCCGAGGGUCAGCGACCGACCAUGUUCUACGCCGGCGAUGGUGUGUCUGAUCUCUCCGCCGCCAAGGAAACGGACCUUUUGUUCGCUAGGGCAGGAAAAGACCUCGUCACCUAUUGCGAAGCUCAAAACGUACCCUUUGUCACCUUUAACGACUUUUCCAGCAUUCACAAGACCGUUGCGGCCAUCGUUGCCGGCCAGACCACGACGGCGGCUGAGGCAAAGGGAAGGUUGGAAAACUAG